AUGGAUGCAGAUGUUUGCUCUAAUGAAAGCAAACUGAUUGAGUUGAUGACACGAGGCGUUUGUCAGGCUGAAACAGCACAAAUUACAACACAGCCAUCUUGCAGUCUGCUACCAAAUUUGUUUAGCUGUGUAAUAAACUACCUUUGUAGUCAAGAUGUCUAUUGUGGAUCUCAGGACUUGUACAACGUCCUGUUAAAAAACAAAGAAAUCAUCCAGAUACUACUGAAACUGGAUGUUAAUACUUGCAAUGAGAUGGUAUUUUCAUCUGCUUGUUCUGAGGUCAAUAUUUAUAACUGUCUUGAAAGCAAGUGCAGUGCUACUUCCCCAUCAACAGAUCCUCACAGCUGCAAGUUUUACAAAGACACUCUGAACUGCACUGCCACUAAACUUGGUAGCCAUGGAUACCAUAACUGUACUUCUACAGACAUGCUGACAUCUCUCAAGUCAUCAACAGGCAUUCUUCCCACUGAUUUCGAUAUCAACACAUGUUCAGGUGUUUUCAAGAUAAGAUAUUUAGACAAAAACAGAGAAUUAAAGAGCAGAGACCCUGCUGCUGCCAUCCGGUAG